CUGACAGGGUAAAGGUCUGGGAUUUACUUGAAUUAUUUAUGACUUUGUGUGGCUGUGUUUUUUUUUUUUUUACACCCUCAACAUGGGAUUUUUCAGACUUGGAGGAGUUGGACUAGUGUUUGUUUUCCUCACACACACUAUCCAAUGCACAACUACACGGUAUUUCACCUAUGAAGAGGACGCGCCCGGGACACAAAUAGGAAAUUUGUCUCAAGAUUUAAAGAUUGAUCCAGCUGAAGACCCUGAGACAUCGUUCCGCUUCAUGCAAGAAAGCAACUCUUCUGUGAUCCAAAUGAGGGAGAUAGACGGACUUCUGAGCGUUGCAGAAAGAAUUGAUCGAGAGCAGCUCUGCCCCAGAUCUCCGCGUUGCUUCAUCGCCUUUGACAUUGUGGCCUUCUCUAAAGAAAAGUUCCAACUCAUCCACGUCGAAAUCGAAGUAAAAGACAUCAACGACCACGCACCUGUGUUUCCUCGCAAUGAAUCAAGCCUUGAAAUAGUAGAGAAUGUACCCGUGAACUCCAGAUUUCCUCUGGAUGUUGCUCUGGACCAGGAUGUUGGGGAAAACUACAUCCAGACCUAUAACAUAUCCCCCUCUAAUCAUUUUGUUAUUGAGGUGAGUGAUCGGGAGGAUGGGGUGAAGUAUGCUGAGCUGGUCCUGAUGGAGGAGCUGGACAGAGAGGUGGAGGACUCCUACACCAUAGAAGUGACUGCCACUGAUGGAGGAGUGCCCCCAAAGUCUGGGUCAGUGACUGUAAAUAUUAAAGUGUUGGACUUCAAUGACAACAGCCCAACAUUCGAACACAGAUCUAUCAAAGUGGAGCUGAAUGAAGACUCUCCAGUGGGUCAUAGGGUUCUUAAAGUGCACGCAUUUGACCCUGACGACGGCGUUAAUGGGGAGGUGUUUUACGCAUUUGGUGAUGGGUUAACACCUGAAGCUGAGCGCCUUUUCCACAUCGAUUCCCACUCCGGUGAUGUGACUUUAAAGGCGUUGGUUGACUAUGAGAAGAGGAGGUCGUACGAGUUGAAUAUUAAAGCCUCCGAUUUAGGCGCAAACUCAGUCCCUUCCAGCUGCAAAGUUGUGAUAGACAUCGUGGACGUCAAUGACAAUGCACCUGAAAUCAACAUCAAACCAAUGACCUCCAGCAGUGACGGUGUUGCAUACAUCACUGAAGCAGCAGCGGCAGAAAGUUUCGUGGCUCUGAUCAGCACCUCGGACAGAGACAGUGGAUCAAACGGGUACGUGCGCGUCAGUCUCCUCGGGCACGAGCAUUUCACCCUCCAGCAGGCAUAUGGAGACACCUUCAUGAUUAUCACCACCGCCACUUUAGACAGAGAGAAAAUCCAAGAGUAUAACCUCACAAUUGUGGCAGAGGACCUGGGGAGUCCGCCUUUCAAAACUGUCAGACAGUACACCAUCCAGGUCACAGAUGAGAAUGACAACCCUCCUCUGUUCAGCAAGUCAGUUUAUGAAGUCUCUGCCUUAGAGAAUAAUAUUCCAGGAUCAUACAUAACCACUGUGGUCGCCCGUGACCCUGAUAUGGGAAAGAAUGCCAAAGUGUCGUACAAACUCAUAGACUCAGAGGUUCCAGGUGGAUCUCUGGUGUCCACGUAUGUCUCUGUGGACUCACUCUCAGGGUCCUUGUAUAGUUUAAGGUCUUUUGAUUAUGAGACUCUUGAGCAGAUUGAGCUGGUCAUCCAAGCCGAAGAUAGAGGCUCCCCCUCUCUUUCAAGUACUUCGACGAUUAAGAUAAGAGUUGUAGAUCAGAAUGACAACUACCCAUACUUUACUUUCCCUGUCCUACUUAAUGAUUCUGCUGAUAUUCCUCUGCCUUAUAAUGCACCUGCUGGAUUUCUUGCCCUCCGUGUUUCAGCUGAUGAUGAGGAUGAGGGAGUGAACAGUGAGCUCUCCUACCAAAUUAUACAAGGUGACCCAAAGCUGUUCACUAUGAACAAAGACACUGGAGAAAUUGCUUUAAAACAAUGGCUGACAGCCGAAAUUGGAGACGUGCUGGAAAUGAAAAUUGCUGUGACUGACAAUGGCAGGUCCCCACUCUCUAGUGGUGCCACGAUCAGGUUUGUCGUCUCAGACACAGAGCCCUCUGAAGACCAAGUCGUUAUUGUGUUGCGGUCAAGCGAUGAAGAAGGCUUCAGCUUGGAUGGCUCCCUAAUUGUCAUUAUUAUGCUCAGUGGGGGUUGUGCAUUGUUGCUGAUUGCAAUAGUGGUUGUUGUUGUCACAUGCAAACUCAGCCGUAGGCCGAGAAACCGCAGCUCCAAGAGAGAAGUGUGUCACAGCCUGUUUGAUAGCGGGCCCAUGACCAUGAUGGGCUCCGCAGGAACAAACAUAUACACUGGACAUAAAGACUUUUUCCAUGAGAGAACCUCUUCAUCUCUGGAUGGUUCCUGCCUAUAUGAGGAGAAGAGUAGGGACUCAGAGACAAAGAUGUUCCUGCCCUCCAAGCAUUUCCAACCAACAUCUGUGUGGCAAAGUGACAAAUAUUGCUUGCAAGUGAGUGGCAUUGGCAACACCGACCAGCUGAGCGUGAAGGACAGUGGCAAAGGCGACAGUGACUUCAAUGACAGUGACUCUGAUAUCAGCGGUGACAGCGGGAAGAGGAACUUUAGUACCUUCCAGCCGAGGCUAAAAAGUUCAUCCAGUGCUGCUAACAGCUUAUCUGGAGAUGGCCAAGGCACUUACUGUGCAAUACCAGCUCAGAGCGUCAGGACCACCAGAGAUAACGCUUACAGAAUAGGCUUCUCCCCAGCACCGGUCUUCAGUAAUCCUCAUGGCUUCCCUACCUCUUGGAAGGAAUCUGGUUAUGGUACAAAUCGGCCAAAAUCAAGGAGCAGCUUACACAGUUUCUCCAGGACAGGAACCCUUCCUUCCUACUUUUCACAACAACACCACAAUGCCGCUGUGGGAAGCGCUGAAACUCCCAAUCAGUGUCCAAAUAUAGUAACAGUGGCAUCUGCAUUUGAGGUUGCAACUAUCUUUUGAAUAAUGUUUCACUAAAGGAGAUGUACCCUAAAGAUGUAAAUAUUUGUAAAAGUCUGUGCUGCUAUAUGCGACACAGAUGUACAUUGCUUAUGGGUAUUAUUAUAAAUCAUAUUGUGUUUAUUUUUUACAUAUUUUGGU